CGGCCGCCGUGGCAACCGCGGUGCCUGGGGGGGCGAGCUCAGAGCGGCCGGGCCGGCGGCGCGGAGCCAUGCCCAAGGGCAAGUGCGACCAACCUGGCCAGCAGCGCGCCGGCGCCUGGUUUGCUCAUGUUGGAGUACGCCAGUGUCAACCUGAGUCAAUUACAAGCUCAGCACUAAAACAAGUGCUUCGGAACUCAGGAGCAGCUCAGUCUAUUGAGGACAGAUUGCCGCAAGCAUACAGAGCUCGGGAGAACGGUAUGGGUCGGAGGAAGGUGGAACCAGAGAGACGGCAACAGAACUCACACAACUUCUUCCUAUGGGCUCAUGAGCCGGUUCCUAGCAAUGACGAUGGCUUAACCACUUAUCAGACAUCAUUUAGGAAAAAUCAAAAUGUUGAGAGCCCGUUUCAUAGGCGGUAUCCAAAACACCACUCAGAAAAAUCUUGCACUGACAAAGCUGUUCCUGAGAAUGAAAAACAAUUGCAGCCAAACAAGUCAUGUUAAUUAUAAAAACGCCUUUGAAGCACUGACGUAUCAUCAUCAGAGCCUCUUCUCGAGAUCUGAACUACUUGUUGCUCAAAUGGAUGAUGAAAUAAAUAUUUCUGUAAAGCGAAUGUAGUAGUACAGUUGAGAGUUCAUUGAAAUCAACAAUCAUACGUUACUCUAAAGACAUACAUUACUAUAAAGAUUUUAAUGAAGAUGAGCAUUAUAAGGAAAAGCAUGCUUAUACAUAUUUUUAGAAACAGGAGAACAGAGGUAAUGAUUGUACUUGUUUUAUUUGAUACUGGUUGACCCGC